UGGGAAUCUUUUUCUUAUAAUUGAAAACUUUUUUAACCCAAGAUAUAUGUAACUUCAUGUUUAUAGAUGAAAUUAACAGACUUUUUUUGUGAAAAGGAUUUUCUUUACAACCAAACAUAGCCUAAGGAGUAAGGAAGGCCACAUAUGAAACCACAGUCCUUAUCUUCCUCUAACUUGAUCCCCAUCCCUUUGUUUCAAAUAGAGUCAUACAAUGGAGAAAAAUUUUUGGAAGUUUCAAAGACGAAUUUGUACGAAACGAACACGACCUUUAGAUUUUGCCUUGCUUACAUUUCUUUACCUAGCUAGUAUUCAUACCUCUUGGUUAAACUAAUGUGUAUAAUCUUUUCUGAUGUUUGCUUUUAGGUGCUUAACUAUGGAUGAUUUUGGUUUGAUUGAAGGAUUUCAUUGCUUUGAGUAACUGUGUUUUGGUGUUCUUAAGUGGGCAUGAUUAGUUGUCAUUCCAUAGUCGUAGGAUCACAAAAAAAAUGAAAUUAUCUUACACCACCAUUGUACCUUACAACAUUGAAUCGAAGCACUUUAUGCAUUUGUGCUUCAGUUUCUUCUGUUUGUUCCCUUUCUUAAUUGUAAUUCAUACAUGUGUGAUUAAAAUUAGUUGGUUUCCUUGUUGACAGAAUGCUGAAUGCAAUUUGUAGUACUCUAGUCUCUGUUGAUGUCAUCUGAAAUAUCUCUUGCUGGUUGAGAUUGUUGUCAUUCAAGACUUGAUCAUGGACCGCAAGGAUACAUCGGGUUUUGUUAGUGGAGGAGGUCCAGACAGUUUCUGCACAUAAUAUAAUCCCUUCUUUGUUUAUACUAGUAGGAGUGGCUUAUAAAUUUUAUGUUUAGACUUUAGUUAGAUGAAUAUAUUCUUUCAAAUAAAACAAGAUGGACGAUAUCCGCAUGCCUUUCAUGUGGAAUUCUUUCUUGAUUACUUGCAACGAUUCAAAGGAAAGUGAUGUGGACUCGAACCACUCUGCAAAUACUUCCUUGUGCCUGAAUUCCCAGAACUUUGUGGCUGUGGGACCUUAUCUGUAUGAUGCAGGAGCUAGCAAAAGAAAACGGAAUGUUGCUGAUGAAGGUCUGAGUUUAAAGCAUGAAGUCUCUCUAGCCCUUGAAUUGGGUAGUUCAGGUAGUUCUUUAGGUAGCAAGACGAACUGUGCUGCUGCUGAGACUGCCACAAUUUCUCGAAUACAUGUUGAAAAUCAAUCUCCAGUUGAUAUCUGUCUCGACCUUAACAUUGAUUUGGGUUGUAAGAGAGCAUUUAAGGACACAAAAAACUCUAGUAGCAGCCUUGAAGUGCAAGACAAGGAGAGAGCAAAGGUUGACCUUGAGUUAAGCUUGUCUACUGGAGCAACAGAAUCUGAUCUGACAAGUCAUUAUACGGUGAAAAGGCAAUGAAGCUCCCAAAAAGAACAAAUGAAGUUGCAGGAAUUUAUGCAAAUGAGUGUGUUUCAUUAGCCAGCAAAGUGGGUAUUCCCUCCAUCAAUUUAUGGUCCAAGAUGCAAGAAACUGAGGGUUGACAAAGAAAAUUCUUGAGUGAUGGACUGCACCUGACAUCUGAAGGCAUUGCAGUAGUGCACAAAGAGGUGGUUCAAGUCUUUAUCCAGGGAGGUCUCUCUGCUCCGGAUAUGCCGUAUGAUUUUCCUCACCACUCGCGGAUUGAUCCGAAGAACCAUGAGAAAGCUUUCACCCUUCAAUGUUCAUAAUUGUAUCUUUUCAUUUUCAUAAACUGUGAAUCAAAAUGUUUAUUUUUUCUUUCUUGAAUGUUUUGGGUGUAUUCAGCCCUUAAAAAAGACAGCCUUGUGUAACUUACCAUAAACUUUGCAUACAUCAUGUUGAAUUAUUUUGUAAUAUAAAGAAUUUUGAAAGUUUGGAAUAUCAGUUCAAUUUAUUGGUUAA